UGAGAAGUGUGCAGGAAGCUCCUUAAAACUUUUAUAAGCCGUGCCGGGGGCUUACGGUACCCCCAAAACAGCAGGAUAUAUAUUAAAACAACAGAUCAUGCAGGAUUUUUUAUUCCAUUUGAGAGCUGAGACAUUAUGACUUGGACAGACCCUCUGACCCUCAUUCGCCAUGGCUGGGCGAGACACAAGGACACAGAGGGACCCAUCAGGAGGGUGGUCUCCAACCUGCCGUUUGAAGAUCUGAAGAAACGGGAUCAGCCUAAUCGCCAGUAUGAGGGCAACGGCAUUAAAACCAACAAAUACAGACUUUGGUCUUUCAUUCCCAUGAACUUAUUCGAGCAGUUCCACCGCAUGGCCAACCUUUAUUUCAUGGGCCUCGCCAUCUUGAACUUCGUCCCGAUGGUGAACGCGUUCCAGCCAGAGGUGGCUCUCAUUCCCAUUUGUAUUAUCUUGGCACUAACCGCUGUUAAGGAUGGUUGGGAAGACUUCCGGAGGUACCAAGCUGACCAGCAGCUCAACAACAUGCCCUGCUUUAUAUUCAGCAGGAAACAGAUGUGCUUUGUGGAGAGGAGAUGGAAGGACGUUCGGGUGGGAGAUUUUGUCAGAGUGCUCUCUAACCAGAUCAUCCCAGCUGACAUCCUGCUUCUGCACACGUCUGACCCUAAUGGAGUGUGCCACAUGGAAACAGCCAACCUAGACGGAGAGACCAGCCUUAAUCAGAGGAAGGUGUUGCCGGGCUUUUCUACUCUGGGUGAACCAUUUCAACCCCAAACAUUUGACAGUACCGUAGUGUGUGAAAACCCCAACAACAACCUCAACCUGUUCAAAGGUUACUUGGAGAGACCUGAUAAGAGGAGAACGGGCUUUGGCAUUGAUAGUCUUCUGCUGCGCGGGUGCACGGUGAGAAAUACAGAUGAGGCUGCUGGGAUAGUGGUGUAUGCAGGACAUGAGACCAAAUCCAUGUUAAACAACAGCGGUCCCCGGUGCAAACGCAGCAAGAUCGAGAGGAAGAUGAACACGGAUGUUCUCUUCUGCGUCGUUCUUCUAUUUUUCAUGUGUUUGAUAGCAGCUCUAGGUCACACUAUCUGGUUGGAAACGUUUGACAGCGAACCCCCGUACAUCGUCCCUGACAGUAAUGGCAAUUACACCCCUUCAGUGCUGGCAGGAUUUUACAUGUUCUUAACAAUGAUUAUCUUACUGCAGAUCAUGAUUCCUGUAUCAUUGUAUGUGUCAAUUGAGCUGGUGAAGAUGGGGCAGAUCUACUUCAUUACUCAAGAUCUUGAACUCUAUGAUGAGGAGCUGGACACCCGGGUCCAGUGUCGCUCUCUGAACAUCACAGAGGACCUGGGACAGAUCCAAUACGUCUUCUCGGAUAAGACAGGGACCCUCACACAAAACAAGAUGGUGUUCCGGCGAUGCACCAUCAUGGGGACAGAGUACUCUCAUGCUGAGAAUGCUGCACGCUUGGCGGUUCUCAAUGGGGCAAAUGAAGAGGAGGAGGUCACAAUCUACCAGCAAACAAAGCUUCCUCCACUCUUCCCUCUGGAUGAAUUACAGGACACACAAGACAAAAAUCACACCAACCCUCAAGUCACAGCUGCCAAUCUGCGCAGAUCCAAAGCCACAGCAGGUGCUCAAGGUGACAUGGCCUUCAGCAGUCCUCUGGAAACAGUGGUGGUUCCAGACUGGAAGUUGAAGCUGGAAGUGGACCAUCAGACCGGGCCAUACCUGGACUUCUUCCUGUCCCUGGCCAUCUGCAACACAGUGGUGGUUUCUACAGUAACAUCCCAGAGACAAAGGGUCACAGGAAGACGAAACUCCUCAUACUCAUCAAGUUCAUUUUCUUCCAUGCGGGACUGGUUCAGAAAGAGGUCUGUGCAGAAGGUGUUCACCUGCAUGAAGUUCUCCAGACGUACAGAUGAAAAACUCGCAGAUCCAUUUGUCAUAGAUGAUGAUGACCCCGACAUACUGCACAUCCCCAGAGUCUCAGACACCACAGAAGAUCAUCCAUACUUCAUCUCGAGAAAGGUCACAUCAAAUAAAGGAAAACACAGUCCAGCGGAUUCAGAAGAGGUGUGUUAUGAAGCACACAGCCCAGAUGAGGCUGCACUGAUACAUGCAGCGAAGGCUUAUGGAUUCACCAUGGUGGAACGGACUCCACAUCACGUGACUGUCAAGUUACCCAACGAUGUGCUUAUGAAGUUUGAGGUGCUGGAUGUGUUGACCUUUGACUCCACCCGGAGGAGGAUGUCUAUAAUAGUUCGCCACCCAGACACCAAUGAAAUCAUCAUGUACACUAAAGGAGCUGAUUCAGCCAUCAUGGAGAGACUCAGGGAUGUUUUUUCAGACAUGUCACAACCGGAUAAACAAAUUGCAGUAAAAACCCAGAAAGACCUUGACAUGUAUGCCGAGGAUGGAUUACGAACGCUGUGUUUUGCCAAAAAGGUUAUCGGCGAAGACGAAUACAGGGCCUGGUCUGCUAUCAGACAGGAGGCGCUUUCAGCCAUUGAUGAGAAAGAGGAGCGUCUUAUGGACAGCGCAAACUGCAUAGAAAACAACUUCAGCCUGCUGGGGGCUACAGGGAUUGAGGACCGCCUCCAAGAGAACGUUCCAGAAUCCAUCCAGGCUCUGAGACGAGCUGGCAUGCAGGUGUGGGUUCUGACAGGAGACAAAGCCGAGACAGCCAUCAACAUCGCGUACUCCUGCAAGCUGCUAGACAAUGAAGACCUGGUUGUCACCUUCACCACAAUGAAGAAGUCCGUGUGUAAAAUGAGGUUAGAAGACACGCUGGGAGAGGCGAGACGGAGCGCCGGAAUGAAUUCGCAGUUCAGGGGUCAUAACGCCACAUUUACUGGGUCAUCGGUGGAGCCCAGCAUCGGGCUGGUGAUAGAUGGGCCGACCCUGAGCAUGGCAAUGUCAGAUGAACUGGUGGACCAGUUUGUGGAGCUUUGCAAACACUGCCGGGCGGUGCUUUGCUGCAGAGUGACUCCGCUUCAGAAGAGCGACGUGGUUAAACUGAUACGACACAAACUGAGGGUCAUGACCCUCGCCAUAGGUGAUGGUGCCAAUGAUGUGAACAUGAUUCAGGCUGCAGAUGUCGGCAUUGGAGUUUCUGGACAGGAAGGCAUGCAGGCAGUUAUGGCUAGUGAUUUCGCCAUCACUCGCUUCAAACACUUGCAGAGACUGCUGCUGGUUCACGGACACUGGUGCUACUCAAGACUGGCCAAUAUGGUCAUCUAUUUCUUCUACAAGAAUGUGGCAUAUGUGAACCUUCUGUUCUGGUAUCAGUUCUUCUGUGGCUUCUCCGCCACAGCCAUGAUUGACUACUGGCUCAUGAUUUUCUUCAACCUCUUCUUCACAUCUGCCCCUCCCAUUAUGUUUGGGAUUAUGGACAAAGAGGUGUCAGACUCCACUUUACUCAGUCUACCUGAGCUGUAUAGGAGAGGACAGCACACAGAGGGAUACAGACGUUCAACUUUCUGGAUCGCUAUACUUGAUGCUUUUUAUCAGAGUCUGGUUUGCUUCUUUAUUCCGUACUGGACGUACAACGGUUCAGACAUCGGCAUAUUCUCAUUCGGAACUCCUAUGAACACAAUUUCUCUCUUCACCAUCAUCCUGCAUCUGGCCAUUGAGAUUAAGAGCUGGACAGUUGUACACUGGGCGAUCAUGAUAGGCAGCGUGGUCAUGUACUUCAUCGUGACUCUGGCCUACAGCGCCAUCUGCAUCAGCUGCAACCCUCCAUCUGACCCCUACUGGAUCAUGCACAAACAAAUGGCCGAUCCAAUGUUCUACCUCGUCUGCAUUUUAACAACUGUUGUUGCUUUGCUGCCAAGGUACACCUUUCAUGUCCUGAAGGGAACGCUGGCCCCCUCCUCUCACCUCCGUGCGCGGCAGCUCGAGCGCCUCCCUCCCUCCCUACUACCGGGAGCAGAGGAUCAGAGAGGGGCGUGGCCUCGGAGACACGUGCGCGUCCUCUUGACACGGGUCCCAGAAACGCACAAGAACUCGGCUCCGUGACCCAGCGCGUAAACUCAGACUCGAAGAGAAUGACAAAGCUUGAAUUUUUCAAUGUAGAAAUCUGUAUAAAAGUGAUAUGUAUGUUUUGCACACAUUGAGGCAGCGCCAGGUUGCUUAUAACCCAGCCGAUGAAUAAUAUGAAUGCCUCGAAGCUGUGCAUUUCAAUUUUCAACGCGCUCUCCGCACAAGCGAACCUUGUGCAUAAGCAUCGCACGUUGCCUGCUGUGUUUCCGAGGCUCCGACUGACUCACGUUUACACUCCACACUUGAUCGAUACACCUGAAUAAUUUCUCCUCAACACCUGAAUCUCAUCUGCCGCUCUCUCCGGAUGCAGCUGAGCCUUUUUCAUCCUGCCAGACCGACUUCCUGUUGUCAUGUGGACCACAUUUGUAUGCACUUGCGCUUUGAGCAGCGAUCAUGUAAUAAUUGAGGUUUGCAGAUGUUACGUAAUACCGCCGUUCAUAUUCAGGGCUUGUGCGUGGUGACAGAAAUACAAGCACCGCUAUGAUAAUAAGGAGGCUGGGUCUUCCUGUCGCGUUUAAAGAGCUGUAAUGGUUGUUAUAUUAGAAGAAAAGCAAGUUUGCGUUUGUCUAUAUGUUUGUGUGCGUGUAACAUGCUAAGACAGAACGCACGCUCGUGCGUCUGCAUUUGAAUAUUGAAUUGCCUCACUGACGUGUGUGUGACGCUCUCCACCCAUGGUGGGGUCAAUGAUGACCUCAUAGACAGAUAGAGAGAGCGAGGAUGUCUUUGUAUCCUGAUAUAGCAUGUGUGUAACAUAUACUGCAGCCAAAGCUGAGUUUUUUUAGACGUGUGUUGAGUUUGUGUAGUCAAGAGAAGGCGUUUUUAUGUAAUGAUGUCAGAGGUGCUUCUGACGGAUUGCUUCUGCUAUCUAGUGGUGGUGUGAUGAGCUGCAAGUAUGACCAUCCAUUCAGGGUGAGAAUAAUAUAAGAUGGUUGAAGUGAAUGUUUUAAGGACAGAUCCUUUAUUCAACCCUCAUAGCAGUGUUUUCACUUACUGUACACUUACUGAAACGUUUAUUUAAACCGUGAACUCUAUAUUUAAUUAAUUUAAUUGGUGUUACAGGUGAAUAGGAUCACAUUUCUCCUUUGACUUUAUUUAAAUGAAACUUUUUUAACAUUAAAGAAUGUUAAUUUGUGUCGGGACUUCAUUUGUUUGUAUGUUUACAACAUGCAAAUUGGAGAUAAAUACUCCAAGUUACUGACAAUGUUUUUUUUUGUUCUAGUGUUAAUGUGAUUAACCAUAACCUUCAGUCUUUUUUUUCAGGUUGUUGAUUUAAUAUAUAUAUAUUUAAUUAAAUCAAGAUUUGCACUUUGAUUCAUGUUUACUUUAUUUGUUCCUUUAAAUCCAAAUGUGUUUUUUGUUUGUUUGAGAUAUUAUAGACAUCAAGUCAUUAAUGUAGGACUGUACCUCCCUUAAAGCAUUAAAGUCAGUGUUAAUAUUUCAAGAAAAACACAAAUUACCCCUAAAAAAAGAAACUCCACUGGAACACAAAACAUUUUGUAGUAAGUAAUUGUCUUCAUAAUUUACCUCCAUUUUAAAUAUAUAUUGUUUUGAGUCAACCUUGCAUUUUAGGAAAGACUGUAGUUUAAGAUUAAUGACAGCUGUUUUGUGAAUUACAGAAUAUCACAAAUUAUAGCAUUGGUUUGUCUUAUCUAUGAUGCAUUUACACAAAAUACAGAUUUGUCAUAGGUC